ACUAUUACAUGUUCAGCAGAUCUCUAGAUCUCCAGACUGAAGGCUUUGACUAUAUAUAUACAUAUAUAAAGAGCAUGAACCAUCUAUAACUCAGCUAUAUCAUUUCAUAAUCAAGUAGUUAAACCCACACAAGAUCGCCAUGUCUGAUCAUAGUCAUCCAAAUCCGAUCUGCACCGUGGAUCCCUACGACUACCUCAAGAUCACCCGAAACCCAGACGGUACCCUCACUCGACAACCCGUAGCCCCAAGCAUCCCGGCCUCACCGGAGGAACCAACACCUCUCUCCCCAGUUCUAACCAAAGACGUCACGCUUAACCCGAACCACAAUACUUGGAUCCGAAUAUUCUUGCCCUCAAAAGCCCUAGCUAACUCCUCCACAGCCACUAAGCUCCCUCUUAUUGUGUACUACCACGGCGGUGGCUUCAUCUUGCUCAGCGCGUCUACUUCCUUCAACCACGAUUUUUGCUGCAACGCGGCGGUCCAAAUCGACGCCGUGGUGGUCUCCGUCGAGUACCGCUUAGCCCCGGAGCACCGCCUCCCGGCAGCCUACGACGACGCGGUCGAGGCGUUGGAUUGGAUCAAAUGCACGGACGAGAUUUGGUUGCGCGAGUUUGCUGACGUGUCCCGGUGUUUUCUGAUGGGCACCAGUGCUGGUGGCAACAUAACGUACCAUGCCGGACUGCGUGCGUUAACAGCCGUCGAUGAAAUUGCGCCGUUGAAGAUCAGAGGGCUCGUAUUGCAUCAUGCGUUUUUUGGUGGGGUGAGGAGGACUGAGUCAGAGAUAAGAUUGGUGAACGAUCCGGUUUUGCCUCUAAGCAGCAAUGAUCUGAUGUGGGAGCUUGGAUUACCCAUCGGCGCUGACCGUGAUCACGAGUAUUCCAAUCCAACGGCUGAUGAUCGUUUGUCUGAUUAUUGUGAUCGAAUUAAAGGGCUGGGAUGGCGUUUGUUGGUGGCAGGGUGUGAUGGUGACCCUCUGAUUGAUCGCCAGGUGGAGUUGGUGGAGAUGUUUAAGAAAAAUGGUGUUGAUGUAAUCUCUCAGUUUUGGAAAGGAUAUUAUCAUGGGGUGGAGCUUGGGGAUCCAAGUAAAGCUACAGAGUUAUUUGUUUUACUUAAGCAAUUCGUAGAUAAUGACAACUGAUAACUACUUGUAUUACUGAAAGACAAAAUAAAAUUAUAAUAAACAUAAGGGUCUUUUGGCAAAAUUCUUAUAUCAAAAUUAAUAUCAAAGAAACUA